AUGAGUGAAGAAAUAAAAUACCUAUCACGUCCAUCCUUAAAAUCUGAAGGUAAACAAAAGAUAAUCAUAAUAGGAGCAGGUAUAAUUGGUGUCUGUACAGCAUAUUAUUUAACGAAACAUCCGAAUUUCAACCCUGAAAAAUAUCAUAUUAUAAUAUUAGAAUCGAGAGAAGUAGCCGCUGGCGCAUCAGGUAAAGCUGGUGGAUUAUUAGCAUCAUGGGCGUUCCCUAAUAUGAUUGUACCAUUAAGUUUCCAACUACAUCAAGAAUUAAGUGAUUUAUACAAUGGGGAGACGAAUUGGGAUUAUAGAAGGUUGACUACUGUUUCAUUGGAGGCGGAUGUUCAAGACGAGAAUAUUAAGUUCCAAGAACAAAGAUUGAAUUUAUUGACUCGAGAGAAAGAAUUGAAAAAUAAUUUCUUAAGGGAUUCUAAUAGUUUAUCAUCUAUUUUAUCCUCAAAUGAUGAUAUCGGUCGUAAUAAUAAUAAUGGUAAUAAUAAUGGUGAAGGUCGUCAUCGCCAUCGCCGUCAUCGUCAUUUAAAGGAAGGAAUAUUAGAACAUGGUGAUUCUGAUGAUGGUGAUGAUUCUGAUGAUGAAUUCGAAGAAGACUCUGAUGAAGACUCUGAAGAUGAAGAUGAAGAUGAAAAACUUUAUUUCAAUGCAGCCAAUUCCAUGUCAGGUGUGAUUUCUCAAUCAUCCGUAAAUGUAAAUAAAAACAAGAAAUAUAUGAAGGAUAACAAUCAUCAGUAUAACGCAAAUGACGACAAUAUGCAUAACACUCUAAGUGCGAGAGAUCGAUUGUCUAAUUCUGGUUCUAGUAUAAACUCCAUAUUGAAUCCAGCCACUACCGCAUCCACUACCACAAUGUCUACUACAUCUAUAACAGCACCUACAGCACAAGAUCAAUAUGAUAUUGCAUUACCUCGUGAUUUAGAUUGGAUUAGAAGAGAACUUGUCGAUAAUUGUUCCUCAUUAGGGAACAGAGAUUCCACGGCACAAGUUCAUCCAUAUAAGUUUACUAGGUUUAUAUUACAAAGAGCAAUGGAAAGUGAUUGUAUUGAUUUGAUAUUAGGUAAAGUAGUUGAUGUUAAGAUUGAUGACUCAAGAAAUAAAGCGACAGGUAUUCGAUAUCAACCGAUUAAAAAGAUGCAUGAAGACGCAUCUAGCGAUAAUAUUGUGGAUAAGGAGAAUAUUGUUGAUAUAGACGGAGAUGGUGCCACCAAAAUUAUCAUUACAACGGGACCAUGGACUUCAGAAUUAAUAAAAUCAUGCCCGAUAUCAGGGUUAAGGGCACAUUCUAUUAUAAUUAAACCUAAUUAUCCAAAGAAUAAUGGUAAUCCUACACAGGUAUCACCAUAUGCUAUUUUCACAGAAUUAAAAAUCAAUAAUAAUGAAUAUUUUUCACCUGAAAUAUAUGCAAGAAGAGAUGAAGUUUACGUAUGUGGAGAAGGUGACACGCUAGUGAAAAUUCCAGAUUCCACUAAAGCGGUUGCAUAUAACGAAGAUAAAUGUGAAGAAUUAUACCAUUAUGUUUCUAAGAUUUCUACACCUCUAUCAGAUGGGCAUAUUAUAAAGCAACAAGCGUGCUAUUUACCUGUAUUGAAUGUUGCUACUAGUUCAGGUCCAUUGAUUGGGGAAACGAAUGUGAAUAAUCUAUAUAUUGCCAGUGGCCAUUCAUGUUGGGGGAUUAAUAACGCGCCUGCUACGGAGAGGAUUAUGAGUGAAAUUAUCUUGGAAGGUGAAUCUAAAUCUGCAGAUAUAUCAUUAUUAAAUCCAAAAUUAUAUUUUGAUGCUAGUGCAAAGUAA